GGCUAGUGCUACACCACUGUGUUGUGCAGGAACAGGCACGGCAUAGCUGAAAACCGCCAGCGGAACAAAUGAAAACGAAAACUACACUCUUUCAUGUGGAUUAAUUCAGGGGCGAGACACCCAAUCGAAGCGAGGACCUCUUAGGGGGAAUUUGGACCGACUGAGGAAGGAUUGGGACAUUAGCUACUGUGCGAUAACACCGCCGAAUGGUUUCUCCUGCCCCGCCGCUAAGGUUGCUGGCUAAGAGAAACAGCUAAUAAUGCACAGCAUCCGCUCUGCAGCCAUACCCACUUCCUGCCUGUAGAGGAAGCGGCUGUGCCAGCAUGUCCUCUCAUCCCCAGUCUGGGCCGCCGGGCCGGAGGACUGUGGACACACGGCACCUCCCAAACCCUGCCAGUCUACCACUACAGCUGCAACGGGCACACACGGAAGUGGGACUAGUUGACUACCACUCUCAUCAUGCCAGGGACUACAGCUCCCACCUGUCCCAGCCCCAUCGCCGCCGGCCCUCCUUACUCUCUGAGUUUCAGCCCGGGAAUGAGAGAGGACAAGAGCAGCAUAUUCGCUAUGAGCACAUUUACCUGCCAGAGCCUAGCAACCAAUCAGAGGUGGAGUAUGCAGAGAUCAAACGACCUCGCUUGGAGAUGGGACCGGAGUCUCUGAUGAGGCCUUCAUCCCAUCGCCCACAAUUACCCAUGGGAGGGGCUGAGGAUAUGUCAAAGGACCGUGGGAGUUCCAUGGGGAAGCUGGAGCCGAUCUCCCCUGUGAGCCCGGUCCAUAUGGACCCCGACUUGGAUCUGGUGCCAGCUCGGUUCUCCAAGGAGGAGCUGAUCCAGAAUAUGGACCGCGUGGACAGGGAGAUCACCAUGGUGGAGCAGCAGAUCUGCAAGCUUCGCAAGAAAGAGCACCAGCUGGAGGAGGAGGCUGCAAAGCCACACGAGCCAGAGCGGACGGUCUCACCGCCACCCAGCGAGGCCAAGCACCGCAGCCUGGUGCAGAUCAUCUACGAUGAGAACAGGAAAAAGGCAGAAGAGGCUCACAGGGUACUGGAGGGACUGGGACCCAGGGUAGAACUGCCUCUGUACAAUCAGCCUUCUGAUACCAAGCAGUACCAUGAGAACAUCAAAAUAAACCAGGCGAUGAGGAAGAAGCUCAUCUUGUACUUCAAGAGGAGAAAUCAUGCUCGUAAGCAGUGGGAACAGAAAUUUUGCCAGCGCUAUGACCAGCUGAUGGAAGCCUGGGAGAAGAAGGUGGAUCGCAUUGAAAGCAACCCGCGGCGCCGAGCCAAGGAGGGCAAGGUGCGCGAGUACUACGAGAAACAGUUCCCAGAGAUCCGCAAGCAGAGAGAGCUACAGGAGCGCAUGCAGAGCCGUGUUGGGCAGAGAGGAGGUGGGCUGGCCUCGUCUGCAGCUCGCAGUGAGCAUGAGGUCUCCGAGAUCAUCGAUGGAAUAUCAGAGCAUGAGAACACUGAGAAGCAGAUGCGGCAGCUGGCGGUGAUCCCCCCCAUGCUGUUUGAUGCCGAGCAGCAGCGCAUCAAGUUCAUCAACAUGAACGGAUUGAUGGAUGACCCCAUGAAGGUGUACAAGGACCGGCAGGUUAUGAACAUGUGGAGCGAGCAGGAGAAGGACACUUUCAGAGAGAAGUUCAUCCAGCAUCCUAAAAACUUUGGUCUGAUUGCAUCUUUUCUGGAGAGAAAGACGGUGGCGGAGUGUGUGCUCUUUUACUACCUGACCAAAAAGAAUGAGAACUAUAAGAACAUAGUGCGGAGGAACUACAGACGCCGAGGAAGAAGCCAGCACGGCCAGCAGCAGCAGCAGCAGCAGCAGCAGCAGCUGCAACAACAGCAACAACAGCAACAACAAGUGCACCGGGGCAUCCAGGAAGAAAAGGAGAAGGAGAAGGAGGAGAAAGAGAAGGAGGGGGAGAGGGAUGAAGAAAAAAAUGAAGCUGAAGACAAGGAGGAUGGAAUGAAGGACGACACCUCUGGAGAAGAUGCAGAGGACAAAGAGCCGACUGUGGCUGUCAAGGGUCGACGCACAGCCAACAGCCAGGGGCGCCGCAAGGGCCGCAUCACCCGCUCCAUGACCAGCGAAGUGGAGGAGACGACCACACCGCCACUCAACAGUGAGCUGGCCAAUCUGGAAAUGAAUGAGAGCUCUCGCUGGACUGAAGAAGAAAUGGAAACUGCCAAAAAAGGCCUUCUCCAGUAUGGUAGGAAUUGGUCCGCCAUCGCCAAGAUGGUGGGGUCAAAAACCGUGUCACAGUGCAAGAACUUCUACUUUAACUACAAGAAGAGGCAGAAACUGGAUGAGAUUCUGCAGCAGCAUAAAAUGAAAUCGGAGAAAGAGCGAAAGGCCCGCCGUAGGGGCAAAGCCCUGCAGAAUGAGGAGACCAGUGCCCCGUACACAGCAGAGGAGGAGGAGAUGGAGGGCUCAGGUGCCAGUGGCAAUGAAGAGGAGGCCCCUGAAGAUGGAGAAGGUGGUGCUAACAACAGCUCUGACACGGAGAGCUUGCCCUCGCCACACUCAUCAGAGGACAGCAAGGCUAAAGAGGAAGGCUCGAGCAGGUCGAAGUCCAGCUCCAACGCAGAGGACAAGGAGGCGUCCGGGUCCGACAUGGGCCAGGCAGGGGAUGAGAAACCUCCGGUCAAGGAAGAUGCAGAAUCAGCCAUCAAGCAAGAGAUAAAGACUGAGACAGGGGAGACCAACAAAGAGCCAACGCCACCCAGCGAUGCCAUAGAUCAAAAACCUCCUACUGCAGAGACAGAGGAAGGAAAGAGCUCCUCUAAGAGCUCCAAAAAGGACCAUGGGCCUAAAAUGGGUUCCCAUGCGGACAGUGACUCUAGUGCCACUUGCAGCGCUGAUGAAGUGGAGGAGACUGACAACCCAGACAAGAAUAGAAUCACUUCUCCACGGCCAAGUCUACUGAACUACUCUCAUGAUGGAGUGAUAUCGUCCCCUCUGCAGAAGCCCUUGGACCUGAAACAGCUCAAACAGAGGGCUGCUGCUAUACCACCCAUUUUGCCAGAAGCCGCCUUGCAGGCCAUUCAGCGGAGUGGUGGCAAGUCACUGCUGCCCCCCCACGCCCUGGCAUUGUACCAGCAGCAGAUCACCAUGGCUCACGGGGAGUCCUCUCAGGAGGUCAAAAUGCAGCAGCAGCUCUCAGGCCAGCCCGGCAAACAGCAGCCGUACACCAUGCAGUCGGAGAGAGACAGAGAGGCUCUUCACAGCAUCAGUCCUCGCAUGCGCCCCCGCAGCCCCUCCACCAGCGACAAGGAUGAGCUGGAAGGCAACGAGAGGUGGUUACUGACCCUCCUGCAGGGAUUAAAAAAAUCCCGGUCUUUCUCUCCGCACGGUGAAGUUAAGAAGCAGGCGAUGGGCCCCGACGACCUGAGGACCUCCAACAUGGGUCGUCCGGUUCUCUCCCCCUAUCCCAUGUCCCCACGAGACAUGGUCAAGAUCAGUCACGACCAGCACCUGCUCCACUUCAACUCGUUCCAGCAAACAGGCCACCCCUCACUGCCUAAUCUGCCACAGGACAGUGGAAGGCUAGCAGCAAUGAGACCCCUCACGAUGCCUGAUCCCCCUCCUCUUAUUUCCUCCUCCAAGCCAGGAGGCUCCAUCACACAGGGCACUCCAGUGCAGCUGCACAGCCCUGCUCAUGGGCUGGACCACGGGAAGAUGACCCCCACACAGAUGGGGUUGUCUUGGAUGGAUCAGAGGAAAGUGGGCGGUCCUUUCCCCGUGAUAAAGCAGGAACAGUUGUCUCCUCGCAGCUCUUCCUCUCAAGCUGACAACAUGUCAACCCAGGGGUCGCCUCACGAUGGUGCCUCUGGACGUGGUUCUAUUCCAGCAGUUCAGGGUGGUAGUAUCACUAAGGGCAUCCCAGGGACCAGAAUGCAUCAGGAUUCCCCAAUCUCCUACCGAGGGGGAUCCAUUACUCAGGGGACACCGGCUGAUGUGCUGUAUAAGGGAACCAUUACCCGUCUGAUCAGUGAGGACAGCGCCUGCCGAGCUGAGAGGGAACGGGAUGAGGCGAUAUCUAAAGGCCAUGUGGUUUACGAGGGUAUCAGUGGACACAUUCUCACAUAUGACCGCCCACCUUCUCAGAGCAUUAAAGAUGAAGGCAGAGGCCCCGGGCAAUCUGCAGAACUUCUGGGUCUGAAGCGUCCUUAUGACAUUAUGGAGGGAGGCAUCUCCAGAGGACUGCCUAUGAGGGAUUCACUGUCUGCUGCCACCUGUGAAGGUCUGAUUGGUCGAGCCAUGCCUCAUGACAGGGACAGUCCACACCACCAACAUUACAAAGAUGCUCAUCACAUCCGUGGCUCAAUCUCACAAGGUAUACCUCGUCAUCUAGACUCUCAGGAUGGCUACCUGAGGAGAGAAGCUAAGCAGAUGAAGAGAGAGAACUCCCCACCCCGCGGGCCCGGGUCUCUUUCGGACCCAAUGAAGGGCUCCAUGGUGCCGACAGUGAAGGAGGCAGGGCGCUCCAUCCACCUCAUUCCCAGGGAGCCUGGCAAGGAGGGCAUCAUAGCACAGGGAACACCCAUGAAGCAGGAGCCAUCCGGUUCAGGGAAGCGUCACGAUGUCCGCUCCAUCAUAGCCAGUUCACCACGUUCCUACCACAACCCAGCCUCACACCUGGAGAUGCGGGCUGAAAGGGGCCGCUACGAAGAGGCGCCAAAAGGCCGGCCCAGCGCCGUUGUCAGUACAGCUAGCAGUAUCGCUCGCUCUUCUCCCCUUACCCUGGGGUCAGAGCAGGGAGGCAAGUCCCAUCAUAGUCCAGGGGGCUACGAGGACAAAGCCGCCUUAAGGGCCCCUUACCCCGGGCCUUCGCACCGUGGCUCCCCUCUGUCCAGGGAGGCAAGCCAAAGGCAACAUGAUGGUUCAAGUAAGAAUCCGACGCAGGAGCGCAAAUCCACACCGACCCCCAGAGAGAUGAAUGCCACCAAAUCACCGCUCCAAGGUGUUCCAGAUCAGCAGACCUACGAGCGCCUGCUGCAGGGUCUAGGUGCUGCAGACGUGUACCGUCAAAUCCCCAUAGCCUUCGACCCUGCAUCGCUGCCCCGGGGCAUCCCCAUUGACCCAGCGGCCUACUACUUGCCUCGCCACCUAGCGCCCAACCCAGCGUACCCUCACCCCUACCCCUACCUCAUCCGUGGCUUUCCCGACACAACGGCCCUGGAGAACCGCCAGACGCUGCUCAACGACUACAUCACCUCGCAGCAGAUGCACCAGUGGCCUGCAGCGGCUGCCAUGGCCGCCCAGCGCUCUGACCUGCUGAGGGGCCUCACCCCUCGAGACCAGCCCCUUCAGAUGCCCUACUCUCAAGCCCCACGUGGAAUCAUCGAUCUUUCUCAGGUGCCACACUUACCUGUCCUGGUCCCUCCCUCUGCAGGGGCCGCCGGCGGCCCAAUGGAUCGCAUCACCUACAUCCCCGGGGGAGCAGCCUCCUUCCCUGGCAGGCCUUACACCACCUCCCCCAUCUCACCUGUUGGCUCCGUGCACAUGAACAAGAUGCAAGGCGCAUCUUCAGAGCGGGAGCGCGAGAGAGACCGUGAGCGUGACAGAGAGAGGGAGAGAGAGAGGGACCGGGAACGCGACCGAGAGAGAGAUCGGGAAAGAGAGCGGGAGAGAGACCGAGAGAGGGAAAGGGACCGGGAGAGAGAAAGGGACAGAGACCGGGACCGAGAGAAGGGCGGGUCUAUGGGGAAUGUGGAGCACGCGCCCAUCUGGAGACCAGGUACAGAGCACAGCUUGGCCAGCAGUAGCAGCUGCAGUGUGAGACCCUCCUCCCAACCGUACAGCCACCAGCACUCCCCCGUGUCCCCUCGCACCCAGGACAACGUGCAGCAGAGGCCGAGCGUCCUGCACAACACCGGGGGCAAGAGUCUUUCUGUCAGCGACCACUCCGGCUCCUCUGUGUUUCGGUCCAUGUCCUCCGGGUCGGCCCGCUACCAAGGUUACCCUGGCCACCUCCAGAGGACAGGUGUCCCCCCUGAGGCCUACCAACCUGCCAUGGACUCGGGUGUAGCCAAAGAGCAGAGUCGCGAUGGAGGCAAAAACAGGGGUGGUCUACCCAAGCACAUGCAGGACCAGCACGGGCCCUCCAGUAAAUCUGACCCCAAACUGUCCAGCCCAGGAGGGAUGUACCCCGGGUCCUACAGCUCGCCUUCAGGCCGGCCCCAGCACCUGCUGCCUCACCAGUCGGAUAACCCCCCCGGCCGCGGAGAAAGUGGUACACCUAGUAGGGAAAAGACUCAAAACAAAGCGAUGUCCAUUCAGGAACAAGAGCUCCGAGCACUCGGUAAGACCACCAUGACUGCAGCCAACUUCAUAAACGCGGUUAUUAUGCGUCAAAUUUCUUGUGAAACGGGGAUGGCAGAGACGGGCUCCCUUGUUGCCAGCAGCGCCACUGAUGCUCAACAGAAUAUGGAGACACACGGUCUGUACCGUCCCCCGUCUGAGGAGAGACUGUCUCCGGGCCAGCAGCCCUCCUCCCCCAGUGUUAAAGGCAGCCAGCGGGUGGUCACCCUGGCACAGCACAUCAGUGAGGUGAUAACUAAAGACUACACCAGGCAGAGCCAGCAGCAGAGCUACCACGGCUCUCCUGUCCUGGACCUCACCCGCCCCCCCAGUGCCUCCCAGCUCCCCCCCACCUCACAAGAGUCGGCCCAAGGGUCCCGAUAUCAAGAGGCCCACUGUGGAGAACGCAACAGAGACAGGUCUCCUCAGCCCAAGACUUCCCCCAUCAGUGUUUGUAACGAUGGCAUCGAGCCGGUGUCUCCUGCUGGAGCCAGCUCUGAACCUGAAGUCCAGGGAGGGGCGUCGUACUCCAGCGAGCAGGGGGAGCAAGGAAUGGGCUCCCGCUCCCCUCCGAACACCUCGCAGCCUCCGGCUUUCUUCAGCAAGUUGACCGAGAGCACCUCGGAUAUUGUGAGGUCAAAGAAACAGGAGAUGAUUAAGAAGAUGACGGUGGUGGGAAAUGACGGUGAUUUCAAUGCUGGUCAACCAGGAACAGAAAUCUUCAAUAUGCCAGCGUCAACAAAUGCAGGACCUGUGGCUCCCCGCCCCCAUCCAGCUUCAGAGCAACCCGGUAACUCCAUAGGCCUGGAGGCCAUUAUAAGAAAGGCCUUAAUGGGCAAAUAUGACGAUCAGCCUGAGGAACGCUCUCCCUCCAACCUGAUGGGCUCGGGGGGGGUGCCUGCAGCCGACGGACGUGGUGAAGACUUCUUCUCACAAGGUGGUGGAAAGUCCUCAAAGGGCAGCGGGCGCUCUAAUGGGCGCAAGGCUAAAUCUCCAGGACCGGGUCUGUCGGGGGGGGAGAGACCCUCCUCCGUGUCCUCAGUCCACUCUGAGGGAGACUGCAACCGAAGGACUCCUCUAACCAACCGCGUGUGGGAGGAUCGGCCUUCAUCCACAGGUUCGACUCCAACUCCCUUCCCCUGUAAUCCGUUGAUAAUGCGUUUCCCCAGCGGGACAGUGUCCGCCCCCUCCCCCUCCUCUGGUCAGCUGGGGGGCCCGGUACCGGGGCCUGGACAGGGCCGCUCCUGGGAGGAGGAGCCCAAGCCUCUGCUCAUGUCUCAGUACGAGACCCUGUCUGACAGCGAGUGACCGCGAACCACAAGAAUCUUCUAACAGUCAACCAACGCUCUGCUGCUGCAGACACACACACACACACACACACACACACACACACACACACACCCACACACACCUGCAAACCUACCAACACCAUUCCACUCUGCAUUUCCUCCUCCUCCGUCGGAUCAUGUCCUUCUCCUAACACACAACGAGAUGCAAAGCAGCGAUGAGCCGAGACACUGCUGCUCCGUGUGUUUGUGUGUGUGUGUGUGUGUGUGUGUGUGUGUGUUUAUGUGUGUGUGGGUUUGCACUUACGUGUUAUGCAUUCACUCCAGGACUACCCUAAAGGACAAAUCACUUAUUUUUUGUUUUCUCUUUUUUGUUUUGACUUUACUUUACUACUUUUCCUCACUGGCCUUAUCGAUAUAGACACAUGAACCUGCACCUUCUGGGUGUUCCGCUCGGAUGUGCUGACACUUGUGUGGAAGAGACCCCGGGGUCGUGUUGUUGGUCUGUCGACGGCCCCUGUGGCGCAGAUCUGACCUGAGAGCAGCGGCCCCCGCAUUGAGGACCCUCUGGAGUUCUCACGGUGCAGGCGGCCUGUGCUGCCACUACAAGAACACGUGCGAGGCGACGGGAGGAGAAUCAACAUCUCGUUUUUCUUGUUUCGGUUCUUUCUUUUGCUUCUUUAAAUUCAGUCAGUCCAGUCCUGUGUUUGGAACGUGAGCUGAGACCUUUAGUACAUUUUGAUGGUGAACUUUUGAUGGUGUCAUUUUGUUGUCUAUUAUCUGCAAUGAUGUAUCUUUUUUGGGGCCGGGGGGGGGGGGGGACAGAGAUUGUUAUGCGGGGAGGGUCAUAUCAUUGGUUUACAGGGUAAACAUGCUGUUCAUUGCUGAUGUCGUCAUAUAUUGGGGGGGGGGGGGGGGAUCCUGAGGAACAGCAAAGGCCUGUUGAUCUCAGGCUAGGGGAGAGAUGAUUUGCCAGACGGAUGGCACUGAAACAAGUGACACUUUCUCACUGUUUUUAUAUUAAUCAUGUCUGUGUUUGUUGAAAGUUUUUUGGAUAUUAAGCACUUAGUAGUCAGUCUGUUCACAAUGGCAUUUUUAAGAUUCUGUUUCCUGGGACAGGUGCAAAAUGGACUCAAGAACAGCGUAUAAAUCCCACUGUAUCCUUUAAUCUGUUUAUUUUGGUCUUGCUACCGAUAUUCUUUAUCGCUCCCACACUCAAAGCGACAAUCACAUUUUAGUGAACGAGGACUAAGCCGCUGCGAGCAGGUGCAGACCGACCUUAAAGCUGCUUAAAGGCGAGCUCCUCAGCAUCACUUUGGAGUUUGCCUGCAUUAAAGAGAGGUGAAAAAGCCAUCUUUCUACAACCCUUGGUCCAUGGCGGUGUCAGCUUCAGCUGGCCUGCUGCCAUCCUGUCUAGGAGCUGUUGUGACGGUCUGACCUCUGACCUUUUACUGCCUAGAGGGGGAGCUGAGACCCGACUCCUCACCCUGGCAGAUUUUGUACAGUUAUGAGAUAUUCCUAGUGUUAAGUGCCAUUUAUUUUACAUAUACAGUACUGAAGUUACCAAGUGACGCACAAUUUUUCUUUUAACCCCCCAUGACAGUUAAUACUGUCCAAGCAGGGAAUUAUGAUAAAGCAAAACCGCAAAAGGAAAAAUGUCCUCUUUUAAAAAAAAAAAACGAAAAAAAAAAAACUUUUUGUGUGCAUUUUUUCUUUACUUCAAAAUCCAUCACAGCCUUAGCUUUUAACUGUUUCACUUAUUGGAUUCAUCUUCAAACUGAUGCUGUGUCACAGCUAACCGGGCCAUGUCAUGCUUCAAGUGUACUUCAUUGCAUCUGCUGUGUUUGUACUGUUCAGAAGAAGUGGGGGGGAGGCAUUCAAAAGCAUUCUGGUUGUUUUAUGUAACACGAGUUGACAUGUUGUCACAGUUUACUGCAGCAUUGUAAAGGUCGCCCUCUGUGCAAAUGAUGUGUGAAAUGUUUUCGGCUUGUGACUUUGCGCAACCAGGGACGAACUCUGUCCUCUGACUGAAAAACUGCGGCGAUGACAGUGAGCUCGGUCAGUGGGUUUAGGAAGAUUUACCUCUCCAUCUCUCGCUCAUUUGGUCACCGUUGAUUCUCACAAACAGGACUGUUAAAGGACUACCUCCUCUUCCUCCUUCAUCCCACCUGCCACACCUGCAGAAAGCUCAGCCAUCUUUUCGGCCUGUUUUCAUUUUCUAUCAAGACUGAAGGAGGGUUUUAAAUUUCAGCAGGCAUGGCAGAAAAACAGCCAGGCUUUGUACAUUGGUUUCUGCUCGUAUAUAUCCACUGAUGAAAUUGAAGAAUGUGACGGUAAACAGACUAAGCCAUAUCCAGCUGUUCCCUAAACUGAUGUCGGACUAAAACAUUGUUUUUAAAAGUAUACUGAAACAAAUUUUAACAUGCAUCCAUUUGGUUCAUUGUUCUUACAGUUUGUAUCAAUUUCCGUCACGUCACAAAUCUCAAGUAAUCAUUCAAAACGUGAAGAGACGGAGUUCAAUUCAUGAUGUGUUCCCUGGACUGUCAAGGGGGGGUUGGGGGGGAUCGACAUAAACAGUACAUUGUUCAACCAUUCUGUGCAUAAUGAUUUUUUUUUAUUAUAACCCACUGUAUAAUAGCAAGGAUUGUAUAUAAAACUGAAGAGAUGUAAAUAUUUAUGUGGCUUGCUUCAAGGUUGGUAUUACAAAAAAUAAAAAAAUAAAAUAAAUAUUCACAUGGUUAAAUUCUACAUGCCCACCAGCAAGCUUUGUGGAUAGCAGUGUAAAAAUGAAAAACAAAAAAGACACUGCCUUAAUGUUUAAAUAAAAAGCUUAUUGCCAUU